UGUGGCUGUGGACUUCACCCAGGAGGAGUGGGGCCUCUUGGACCCCCCUCAGAAGGAGCUGUACAAGGAGGUCAUGCUGGAGAAUGCCCGGAACCUGCUCUCCCUGGGGCUUCCAGUUCCCAGAGAAGAUGGGAUCUCUUCUUUGGAGCCAAGGGAAGCACCAUGGAUGCUGGAGCAAGAAGGCCUGAGGCACUGCUGUGCAGAAGGCCAGAUCAGACUUGAAAUGAAGGAAAGUAGUACAGAGAUAAGUCUUUCUCUGGAAGAAACUCGCAAGCAAAGACUCAUAAGUGACAGCCCCUGUGACUUCACUUGGAGAAAAAUCUGUGCCACACAUCAGAAAAUCCCCACUGGAGAGAAACUGUAUGACUGUAAUCAAUGUGAAAAGACUUUCAGAUCCAGCGGCCAUCUUGCAGCCCAUCAGAGAAUUCAUACUGGAGAGAAAGCUUAUGAAUGUAAUCAGUGUGGAAAGACUUUUACACAGAAGUCUAGUCUUAAUGGGCAUCAGAGAAUCCACACUGGAGAGAAACCUUAUGAAUGUAAGCAGUGUGGGAAGACUUUUAGAAACAGGUCUAAACUUAAUAUGCAUAAGAAAAUCCACACUGGAGAGAAACCUUACGAUUGUAAGCAGUGUGGAAAGGCUUUUAGAAGGAGGUCUGGUCUUACUGUGCAUCAGAGAACCCACACUGGUGAGAAACCUUAUGAAUGUAAGCAAUGUGGAAAGGUUUUCACAAGCAGGUCUAGUCUUACUGUGCAUCAGAGAACCCACACUGGUGAGAAACCUUAUGAAUGCAAGCAAUGUGGAAAGGUUUUUACAAGCAGGUCUAGUCUUACUGAGCAUCAGAAAAUCCACACUGGAGAGAAACCUUAUGAAUGUAAUCAAUGUGAAAAGACUUUUACACAGAAGUCUAGUCUUGCUGAACAUCAGAGAAUACACACUGGAGAGAAACCCUAUGAAUGUAAGCAGUGUGGAAAGGCUUUUAGAAACAGGUCUAAACUUAAUAUGCAUCAGAGAAUCCACACUGGAGAGAAACCUUAUGAUUGUAAGCAGUGUGGAAAGGCUUUUAGAAGGAAGUCUGGUCUUACUGUUCAUCAGAGAACCCACACUGGUGAGAAACCCUAUGAAUGUGAGCAAUGUGGAAAGGUUUUCACAAGCAGGUCUAGCCUUAAUGUGCAUCAGAGAACCCAUACUGGUGAGAAACCUUAUGAAUGUAAACAAUGUGGAAAGGUUUUUACAAGCAGGUCUAGUCUUACUGAGCAUCAGAGAAUCCACACUGGAGAGAAACCUUAUGAAUGUAAGCAGUGUGGAAAGGCUUUUACACAGAGGUCUAGUCUUAAUAAGCAUCAAAAAAUUCACACUGGGGAGAAACCUUAUGAAUGUAAGCAAUGUGGAAAGUCUUUCACUACCUCAUCUAAUUUUGAUCAACAGAGAAUCCACACUGGAGAGAAGCCUUAUGAAUGUAUUCAGUGUGGAAAGGCUUUUACACAGAGGUCUAGUUUUAAUAAGCAUCAGAGAUUCCACACUGGAAUGAAACCUUUUGAAUGUAAUCAGUGUGGAAAGGGUUUUACAAACAGGUCUAGUCUUACUGUGCAUCAGAGAAUCCACACUGGAGAGAAACCUUAUGAAUGUAAUCAAUGUGAAAAGACUUUUACACAGAAGUCUAGUCUUGCUGAACAUCAGAGAAUCCACACUGGAGAGAAACCCUAUGAAUGUACGCAGUGUGGAAAAGCUUUUAGAAACAGGUCUAAACUUCAUAUGCAUCAGAGAAUCCACACUGGAGAGAAACCCUAUGAUUGUAAGCAGUGUGGAAAGGCUUUUAGAAGGAGGUCUGGUCUUACUGUGCAUCAGAGAACCCACACUGGUGAGAAACCUUAUGAGUGUAAGCAAUGUGGAAAGGUUUUUACAAGCAGGUCUAGUCUUACUGAGCAUCAGAGGAUCCACACUGGAGAGAAACCUUAUGAAUGUAAGCAGUGUGGAAAGGCUUUUACUAGAUCAUCUAAUUUUGAUCAACAUCAGAGAAUCCACACUGGAGAGAAACCUUAUGAAUGUAAGCAGUGUGGAAAGGCUUUUACACAGAGUUCUAGUCUUAAUAAGCAUCAGAGAAUCCACACUGGAGAGAAACCUUUUGAAUGUAAGCAAUGUGGAAAGGCUUUUAGAUGGAGGUCUUAUCUUGUUAACCAUCAGAGAAGUGGAGAGAAACCUUUUAAAUGUAAUCACCCAUAAUCCAAGUCUUAUAUGGAUUUCAAAAUUGAGCAUAAUAGUGAUCGCACAAAAUGUGAAUGUACCUUGACUCAGAAUAUAAUAUACAAUUAUGCAAUAAUUUCAAAUAAUACCCCCCGCU